GGUGCCACUUAUCAUUAGAUAUGGCCACCGUUAUAGAGUACACCGAGGCGUCAUCUUCAACUUAAUUUAGUCAUAUUUCAUAGUAAUCUCGCAAUUCGGCCACUGUGGCAGGUGGGAUGUUGUUUUUGGCAAGCUAACGUUUGUUUUUACAUGUCCUGGGAGGCGGUUGUUACUGCGUGGCAGGCUGGCUGGCUGCGAGAGUCUCCUAACUGGCCGCUCGGUCCCGCAGCUUGUCGAUGCUGAAGAAAAUAGAACCAGUUGCCAACCAAGCUGUCGGCACCCAACAUUUGCUUUGCGCGUCGCUGUACGUUCGCUGAGGAUUCACAUUUAAAGUUUCAUUUACGGAUUGUUUACUUUUGUAGCCGCAUGGACUUUGGCUUUGAUUUGUUUAUACGUUAAUGGUAAAAUUGUUGGCCGUAGACUUGGGUGGCUAACACCAACUAGCUAUAUAACCCGAACUCGUGCGACGACAGCUGUCAUUGGAGAAAGGAAAGUGAUCCCCCCCCCACCACUAAAUGCGUGUGCCACUAAAGCGGGUUUCUGUUGGAUUUACAUCUGUCUUUCCAUCAAAUGGGCAAAGUUGGGAAUAACAUUGCAACGUUGGAAUAUAAUGAUAUGCGUUAUGCAUUUUUGAGAACUGCAGUGUUGCUUCAUUGGAAAGAGGCUAGCUAGCUCAAUUAGCUUGCUAGCUAGCUGGGUGAUAAAAGUGCGACGUUUCAUCCCCCCAGUAUUUUGGACAUGAAGAGGAUAAUUCGCUAUCCAUAGGGCUGGAAGAAUGUCAUCAGAGGAUAAGACUGUGGAACCCUCUGACCAGGUACCCUCACCACCCUCCAGCAGUGUAGGGGCCACGUCCACAGGAAGUCCUGCCCACGCAGACAAGCGACCACGUGGCAGGCCGCGCAAGGAUGCUGCUGCCGUCCUACCCCAGGCACCACCCUCAUCCGUGUCUAAGAACAGAAAGAAGGGUCGAACCAGAGGGAGGGUUGUUGUGGAUGAGGAGGACAGCAUGGAUGGGACUGAGAUAACAGAGUCCAUUGGCCCUCAGGACACAGAAACGCCAAUCCAGCCAGUGGAAACUGUGGAAGUGUUGACCCCUGAGGUGCCAGAGGAGGACAAGCCCUCUUCCCCUCUGGCCCAGAGCCCUCCAGCCGAGAAUUCAGCAGGACCAUCUGUCCCAGCGAGUAGAGAAGUCAAAAGAAGUGAGCGUCUCUGUGCCUUCUGUUACUGUGGUGGCCAUAGCCUGCUGGGUCAGGGGGAAAUGCACGUUUUCAGCACCACGCCUCAGCUUGAAGCACUCUUCAGCCACACGGGUGGAGGAGGCUCGACGAGCGAUAGCAGUGAUGGUGAAAAAACCACUCAGCCAAAAAUGGCAGAAGAGACCACCUCAGGACAGAGGGAAAAGACGAAUGGGUCUGAAAGCUGCGAGGAAGAACCAGACCCAGCCAGUCGAUUUUGGGAUGAGCUUUCUCAUGUCGGCCUUCCACAAGAUCUUAAUGUCCAGUCUCUCUUCGAGUCAGGGCAAUGCUGGGCACAUCAGAGUUGUGCCUUGUGGUCCGAAGGUGUUUGUGAGGGCGAGGGACAAUCUCUGCUUAAUGUGGACAGAGCCAUUGACUCAGGGAGCACAAAGCACUGUGCAUACUGUAAGCGCCUUGGAGCAUCCAUUAAGUGCUGUGCUGAAGGAUGUGCUCAAUUCUACCAUUACCCCUGUGCGGGGGCAGCUGGGACCUUUCAGGAUAUCAGGAGUCUCUCACUCCUCUGCCCAGAACACACUGAAUUGGCCAUUCACAAAUUUGUAGAUGAUGUAAAUUGCGCACUAUGUGAUAGCCCAGGGGACUUACUGGACCAGCUCUUCUGCACCAGUUGUGGUCAGCAUUACCAUGGGGUAUGUCUGGACAUGGCCGUGACCCCUCUAAGGAGGGCAGGUUGGCAGUGCCCUGAGUGUAAAGUCUGCCAGACAUGCAAGAACCCAGGAGAGGACACUAAAAUGCUGGUGUGUGACAUGUGUGACAAAGGGUAUCAUACCUUCUGUCUACAACCUGCUAUGGACUCUCUUCCCACCAAUGGAUGGAGAUGUAAGAACUGCAGAGUAUGCAUCCAAUGCGGAACACGAACCAGCAAGCAAUGGCACCACACCAGCCUGCUGUGUGAGAACUGUGUCCAAAACCAGGACCCUGCUCUGUGCUGUCUUAUGUGUGCCUGCAUCCUGGACCCUGAGCAUCACAAAGACUUACUCUUCUGCCACACUUGUAAGAGAUGGCUACACCUGGAGUGUGAGCGUCAGAACUCAGGCCAAGCAGAAAUCCACCCCAGAGAGGACUAUGUUUGUUCCAACUGCAGGUCUCCUGCUGCAGAGCAGGCACUACAGGCAGAGGAUAUGGACACCGGCCCAGAGCUCAGCCCUCAGCCAGCCUCCAUGCACACAGACUCUGAGACUGGCCUACAGCUGGCUAAAAAGCACACAGACCUAGAACCUGGCACUCAGCUGCCUCCUGAAAUGCACAAUGACCCCAAACCGGAAUUACUCGCUGUUCCAUUGCACUCAGAUCCAGAGCUUGUUCAGGCUACCGUCCAGGAGGAGAAGCUGGUCAUGUCGGCCCAGAAGCCUGGUGGGUCUUUGUUCCAAAAAGAAGUCUCAGUGGGAGCAGACGUUGUCGAGAGGCAGGUUACUGAACCUUUUGUCAACAAAGUCCUAACAGAAUUCAAACCAGAAACAAAACCAGCAGCACGAGCCCAGCUUACAUCUACGGAGAGUCCUUCAACGGCUCCCAGCCAGGAGUCUGAAUCUUUUCCAGUCCAGCUCUCUAUGGAGGCACUACAGGCACAGGAUACCACAUUACAAAUCAAACCAGCAAAGACAGAGGCCUGCCCUGAGCAGGGCAUGGCCAACCCCAGCACAAAGGAUUUUAAGGCCAUCAUCUCAACCACCAAAGAACCAAGUACUGCAUCAGUACCUUUCUCGGACCAACCAAUGGAGGUCUCACUACCCCAGCCUUCAAGUAUGGAUGUAGUCAGGGCUUCUUUCCUGGAAACUGUUCCAAAAGAACUCAAGAAGGAGAGGAGUGAGCUUAUUUUUCACAGAAACCUGGCAGAGACUGUUAAGCCCUCUGCCUCUACUACAUCGGAGGAGAUGUACACUACACCGGAGAGCAAGCCUGAUCCGUCACUUUCCAGCUUGUCUUCAGACGAGAACCCACUAAAGACAUGUGUGGAAAGGUUGGCAGAAAUGGUUUCCUCUCCAUCCCACUCCUCCCCUCUGGUCCGAGGGAUGUCUCCCAGAGAACUGGCCCAGAUCCUACCUCCACUGGGUGACCACAGCAGUGUAAUGCCCACCACCACGCUUAUACCACUCACCCCUAAGAUUGGAAUGGGAAAGCCAGCCAUCACCAAGAGGAAGUUCUCUCCUGGGAGGCCACGAGUGAAACAGGGUGCAUGGAGCCCCCAUAGCAGUGUGAGCUCCCCCUUGUCCUGGUCACCAGACCAGCCAGAGGGGUGGGACGUCCCAAAGACCAGGCAGUCCUCUGGCAGCCCCGGCUGGAGCAUCAGAGUGGGUCGAGGCUCAGGCUUCCCUGGGAGGAGGCGGCCCAGAGGGGCUGGUCUGUCCGGUAGAGCUGGACGUGGCAGGGCCAGAGGCAAAAAUGGAGUGAGUCCCGGCAUCAACCCUGGGGUCACCACAAUAGAAGCACCAUACCCAGUGAAGGAGGAGGAGGAGAACGCCAUGCAUAACACAGUGGUCAUAUUUUCCAGCAAUGAUAGUUUCACGCUAAAACAGGACAUGUGUGUAGUGUGUGGGAGUUUUGGCCUCGGUGCAGAGGGCCGUCUUUUGGCCUGUGCUCAAUGUGGCCAGUGCUACCAUCCCUUUUGUGUUGGCAUAAAGAUCACCAAGGUGGUGUUGAGUAAAGGCUGGCGUUGUCUUGAGUGUACAGUGUGCGAGGCUUGUGGCCAGGCCACUGAUCCUGGCCGCUUGCUGCUGUGUGAUGACUGUGACAUCAGCUAUCACACCUACUGCCUGGAUCCUCCUCUGCAGAACGUGCCCAAAGACAGCUGGAAGUGCAAAUGGUGCGUGUCCUGUACCCAGUGUGGCGCCACCACCCCAGGCCUAAGGUGUGAGUGGCAGAAUAAUUACACCCAGUGUGGCCCCUGUGCCAGCCUUGCAACAUGUCCCAUCUGCCUGGUGGACUACAGCGAAGGCACCACAAUUCUGCAGUGCCGCCAAUGUGACAGAUGGUUCCAUGCUUCUUGUCAGGGUCUCCAUUCAGAGGAAGAUGUUGAAAAGGCUGCAGACGGUUGCUUCGACUGCACAAUGUGCCGAGCUUUCAAAACCACUAAAGUUAUGACCAAGGCCAGAGACGCCAUUGAGCCUGUAGUUAUGACGCAGAUUGUCACAAAGGCUAAAGAAAUGGAUCUGUCAAAGACCUAUACCCAGGAUGGCGUUUGUCUGACAGAGUCUGGCCUUUGCCAGCUCCAGAGCUUGUCUGCUACAGCGUCACGGCGCAGGAAACCCAAGCCGAAGCUGAAGCUGAAGAUCAUUAACCAGAACAGUGUAGCAGUGCUUCAGGCUCCCUUAGACCCCCACUCAGAGCUCUCUCGUGAUGAAGACAUGGAGGACAACAGAGAGGCGGAGCUCCUAGAUUGUGAGGGGAAGUCUGACUCCAGCCUGGAGCGAGAGCCAGCAGAAGAUGACUCCAAGGGGGCCGACGGCGGCAAGAAGAGGAAGAGGAAACCGUACCGACCGGGCAUUGGUGGGUUCAUGGUCCGCCAGAGGAGCCGUCCAGGUCAAGGUCCAGGCAAGGCCAAACGAGCCCUCUGCAGAAAGGAUUCCUCUGGCUCAGUGUCAGAGAAUCCCUUUGGAAAAGAAGAGGGAUGGACAGAGGCUCUGCCUGAUACGCCCGUGGAUGAGACACCUCCUGGACCAGAGGUACCAGAAAAAAUAAAGAAACGCUACCGAAAGAAGAAAACAAAACUGGAGGAAGCUUUUCCCGCCUACCUGCAGGAGGCAUUCUUCGGAAAGGACCUGCUAGACAAAAGCAAGCAGAGCAGGCAGCAGGGGGUUGAGUCUGGCUUACUAGAAGAGGGGCAAAGCCAAGUGGAGAGGAAACAUCCAACCACCAGCUUCCUUGACCCUUCAUCAGACCCUCUGCUCAGCGCAUCGACAACAUCCCUUCCCGUCAGACCAGCAGCAGCACAGACGUCUGAGGAACCAUUAGUUGAUCUAUCUGAUGUUCUGAACACUGAUGCAGACAUCUUGGGAAUGCUCGGAAAACCAAGCAGUGACUCUGGUCUUGAUUUUUGCUCCUUCCAGGUUGACAGCUCACCUCCUCCUUUUGCUGGUCUGGACAUAGGGCCCCUGACAGACAGUUCCCCAGUGGCGCCCCAGUCUCAGGCUGGUCGGAGGACUCCUAGAACCCUCCCAGAGGAACCCCUGGACGGCAUUCUUAGCCCAGAGCUAGACAAGAUGGUCACUGAUGAAUCAAUUCUCAGCAAACUUUACAAAAUUCCAGAGCUGGAGGGAAAAGAUGUGGAGGAUCUCUUCACAGCAGUUCUUAGCCCCAGCACUAGCCAACCACCUCCACCACCACAGGUGCCUCACCCCCAUGGUCCAGGGCCCCUUGCUGCCACACCUGGCACUAGUAUGCCUCACCCCAAUGCAGGGAAUCCCAUGUUUCCAAGGAUGCCAAUGAUGAAUGGUAUGAUGGGACCAAACCAACGAUUACCUUCAAAUCCAGGGGCAGGGCCCUGCAUCCCAGAAAGUUUCUCUCCCCUGAACCGCAUGCCUUUCACUGACAAUCCAAGGGAUAGAAAGUUUAAUCAGAUGCCUCGAGAGGUAGUUGGUUCAUGGCCCUCCCCUGCCCAUGGCCCCGGCCCUACCCCCCCUGGAUCUCUGCCUGAGGGGGAGACUGAAGCCAUGUCAAAUGCCCAAAGGAGUACACUCAAGUGGGAGAAAGAGGAGACACUUGGAGAGCUAGCCACUGUAGCACCCGUCCUAUAUACCAAUGUCAAUUUCCCUAACCUUAAAGAAGAAUACCCAGACUGGUCUACAAGAGUAAAGCAAAUUGCAAAACUUUGGAGGAAAGCUAGUUCACAAGACAGGGCCCCAUAUGUGCAAAAGGCAAGAGAUAACCGAGCAGCCCUGCGCAUCAACAAAGUCCAGAUGUCGAAUGAGACGGUGAAGAGGCACCAUCCGCAGCAACAGCCCCCUGAGGUGUUUGAUCCCAACAUACCACUAGACACAGAACUGCUGUUUAAAGACCCUUUGAAACCAAAAGAGUCAGAGCAUGAACAAGAGUGGAAGUUUAGACAGCAAAUGAGGCAGAAAAGCAAGCAGCAAGCCAAAAUUGAAGCCACUCAGAAAUUGGAGCAAGUUAAGAAUGAGCAACUGCAGCAACAGCAGCAGCAACAGCAGCAGACCAACAGCCUGUCAGAGGGAGAUGGCAACAACAGUGGUAACCAAAGCCCAGCCUCCCAGCCCAGCAAUGGCAGCAUGUCUCCCAUACAGCAGCUCAACUCUAAAGAAGGCUUUGCCAGGCCACAGCUACCAGGGACCCCCACUUCAGGCCCUCCUGAGGAUGUGUUCUUACGACCCCCUCCACCCCCUCCAUCUGGCCCUUCCUCCCAACCUCAGUCCCCACAGGUAUUCUCACCAGGUUCCUCUGGUUCCAGACCCUCUUCUCCUUGGGACCCAUAUGCCAAGAUGGUCGGGACCCCAAGACCGCCAACUCUUGGGCCAAAUACAUGUCGCAGAAUGCCUGUUGAAUCUGGAAAAUCACCCACCUCCUUGAUGGAACAGCAGGACAGAGGGAGGCCCUCUCCUGCUCAUGAAUCUUUUGGCUCUCCAACAUCCAUGAGCAGUGACCCUUAUGCCAAACCUCCUGAUACCCCCAGGCCAAGUGGGGAAAUGGACCCUUUCUUGAAGCCCAUGGGUCCCCCCAGGGCCAGUCAGCCUGCCCAGGGAAGGCCACCAAUGGGUUCUCCAGGCAGAGACCCAUACUCAAGGCCCAUGAUAAGAAAUGAGGCCUAUCAGCGCAUGACCCAGAACAGGAUGAUCUUGUCUGACCCGUACUCAAGGCCUUUAUUGGCACCAAUCCCUGGAAGUAAUGAGUCUGGAUCGGUCCCUCUGUUCAAAACACCUAUGCCCCCUCCUCAGACUCAGGAUCCUUUCAACCGAUCGGGUCUACAUCCUACUGACAGGUUCUCUCAGAAUCAGCAGAAUGACCCCUAUGCUCAGCCUCCUCAUACCCCAAGACCCUCAGGGAAUGACAACUUCACCAGUUCCCCUAGAAUGAGCCAGCAUCUCCCUCAGGUGCACUCAUUCGCUCAGCCAGGACCAAUGACUCAAAUGUCUAGAAAUCCAUAUGCUCAUGCACCUUCCACUCCAAGACCUGACCACUUCACAUAUGACCCCUUUGCCCAGCCCUCUGGUUCCAACAAGCAAGCUGGUGAUCCUUUCUCUCAGUCUACAGGUAACCAACGAUCCAUCAAUGAACCCGGUGCGCAACCUCGGCCUUAUUUCGAGCCCUAUGCCCGACCUCCUGGCACCCCACGUCCACAUGACAACUAUGGUCAGCCUUCAAACACCCCUAGCCCAUCCUCAGACCCUUACUCACAGGCUCCUUCGACUCACCGUCCCAGUGGGAUGAACCAGUUCACUCACCAGUCACAUCCUGGACAAAGGAUGUCUCCUUCCCACUCAGUGGACCCUUAUGCUCAGCCACCAGGUACUCCACGGCCCUCUGUGGGAGACAGGUUUUCCAAGUCACCGGGAAGCCAGAGGGGACCAAUAGAGCCAUUUACUAGUACACCUGGAACAUCAAGGCCAGGGAGUAUCGACAUGUUUUCACAGCCUGGAGCCCCCAGACCAAUGCUUAAUGACCCCUACGGCCAGCCUCCAGGGACCCCACGGCCUGGUCCUGAUGGGCUCAGCAGACAAGGGCCAAGACUAGGACCAAUGGGAAGCCAGGAUCCUUUCUCCACACCUCAAAGCAGGCUUCAAGAGCCCUUCCCUCAUCCAGGAUCACAAACACCAAAACACCCUAGUGUUUCAGAAGAUGGAUUUACUCAGUCACCCUCCAGAAGACCAAGUCAGACACCUGGCCAUGAUCCAUUUGAGCAAGCCCCCAUGACCCCUCGUCCGCAGUCAGUAGAGAAAAUGGAAAUGAAAGAUCAUUCGGGUGUGGGUAACAAUGGAACAGACCCAGGUCAACUGUGUAACAACCCACAAAUACCUGGUGGUUCCACUGAGGCUCAGGGUGUUGCUCUUGCUGAGAGCGAGGAAAGACUCAAACAGCGACAACGAAUUAGAGAACUAAUCCUCAAGCAGCAGCAACAGAGGAGUGCUACUCGACAGGAGAGGGGACCCCAGGAGCCUGCUGGCAACCUAGCCCCAGGAACGCCACGACCCUGGCCCCAGGAGGGGCCUGGUCAGCAGGGGGAAAUGUUCAACCGGCCUCCUCCACCUUAUCCUGGACAAGGACCCAUGAGAGGACCAAUGAGGUUUCCUGGACCUUUUCCAGGUGAUCAGCGUGUCCCUUUCCCUAAUGAGGGACAAAUCCCCAGGGGCCCACAUCCUGGAGAUCCAAAUUUGAGGCAUCAGGGACCAAGGUUUGCAUUUCCACCUGGGGUUCUAGGACCUCAUGUGGCCCAAGAGUUCUUUCCCCGGGGUCAACACCCAAUGCAGGAUGUCCCCCCUCAAAUGAGACGGUCCAUGUCUGCAGAAAUGGCAAAGAGUAUAGGAGGCAACCCCAUGGGGCUUCCCCAGCACUUCCCACCACGUGGUAUGCCAGUGCAGCAGCACAACAUAAUGGGCCAGCCUUUCAUUGAGCUGCGACACAGAGCAGCAGAAAAUAGGCAACGUAUGCCAUAUCCUCCAGGUGCCAUGCAAGGAAACAACAUAGAUCCCAACUUGCAGGGUCAAAGGCCACCAGGGUUUCCAGGAGCACCCAAUACCAGGUUUCAUUUAAAUCAGGGGCCCAGGAUGGUAGACCCCAUGGUCAGUCAGACUGGCCAUGUACAACUAUCUGCUAGCAUGGACAAUCUUCAUCAGCAAGCCCAAAUGUCAGGAAACAACGGACUCAAACAAUCUCCUUUGAUGAGAUCCAUGAGCCAGCCUGCUUCAAGUGAGACCCAGAACAUGGUAGCAUCUAUGAUCCUGAAUGCACCCCCUGCUGGGCAUUCUGAUAUGGCCGCAGUGACGAGCAGUGAAGCUGUAGAGGAGAAACUGGAUGCAGAAGAAUCAGCAGUCAAAGAUCUUGAGGACGUGGAGGUGAAAGACUUGGUGGAUGCUGACUUGGAAAACCUAAAUUUGGAUCCUGAAGAUGGUAAAGACCUAGACCUAGAGACAAACGACCUACACCUUGAUGACUUCCUAACAUCUGGGAAAUUUGACAUCAUUGCCUAUACAGACCCUGACCUAGAUGACAUCAAGAAAGAUAUGUUUAAUGAGGAACUGGAUCUCAGUGAUCCUAUGGAUGAUAAUGUUGACACCACAGACAUCAACAAAAACUCAAGCACAGGAACUGAGGCUUCAUCCAGUUCAACAUCUGUACUGGCAAAGUCAGAGGCCUCAGGUGAGAAGUCUUUAGCUGAAAUCAAGCUAGAAGCCCCUGCAAGUCAGGACUCUGCUUCUUUGACACCUGGGCAGGAAAUUAAAACAGAGUUCAAGGACUGUCAAAAAACCCCUGAGGUCAUAGACCAGCAAGCCACUGGAAACACCUUAACCUCAAACCAGCAGGAAGUAAUCUCUGACUCUACCCCAGUCCUAUCUAGUUUACUCAUUAAGCAGCAGCCUGAGGAGCAGUCAUUAAAUCCAAUCGUUGAAUCUGUCAAUCAAGGAGGUAACCUCAUGCCCCAGCAGAACCAAGUCACUGACACUCAGCAUACCUCCGGACUUACCAUGACUCAAACAAUAGCUGACGCCACCACUGCAGGAGAAGCUUCUAUGACUGGCUUUGGGACAGACCACCAGGUGGGGCUAGCCACUGGUGUUGAUCAGAGCGGUCUAAGCCAGGCCCAGCAGACCAUGUUGAACCAAGCGCUGGGUCAACACGGCCAGCAACAUCGUCCCCUUCUGCUAGAAGAGCAGCCACUCCUAUUACAGGACCUCCUAGACCAGGAGAGGCAGGAACAACAGCAGCAAAGGCAGAUGCAAGCUAUGAUACGACAGCGCUCCAGCGACUCCUUUUUCCCAAACAUUGAUUUUGAUUCCAUCACUGACCCCAUUAUGAAAGCUAAAAUGGUUGCACUAAAGGGCAUCAACAAGGUCAUGGUCCAGAACAACAUGGGGAUGACCCCAAUGGUCAUGAACAGACUUCCCCCCGGUCCUGCACCACCUUGUCCUGAAAGUGCACCACUUCCUCCACAAGUUGUUGGACAGGAUGGCAAAUUGACACAAGUAGCAAGACCGAAUCCUCCAAACUUUGGACCAGGAUUUGUCAACAAUGCUCAGAGGGCUCAGUAUGAGGAGUGGCUCCAGGAGACUCAGCAACUACUUCAAAUGCAGCAGAAGUUUCUGGAAGAGAAGAUUGGAGCUCACAGGAAGUCUAAGAAAGCCCUGUCUGCCAAACAGAGAACAGCUAAGAAGGCAGGGAGGGAGUUCCCUGAGGAGGACGCUGAGCAGCUCAAACAUGUCACAGAGCAGCAGGGUGUAGUGCAGAAACAACUGGAGCAGAUCCGCAAGCAACAGAAAGAGCACGCUGAACUUAUAGAGGAGUACCGAGUGAAACAGCAACAAAAUAAUAUGACACCCAUAAUGCCUGGGAUGCACCCAAUGCCAGGCCCUGCUGGCAUGGUCCCCAGUGGGCCGCCCAUGGUCCCCAGUGGGCCGCCCAUGGUCACCAGUGGGCCGCCCAUGGUCACCAGUGGGCCGCCCAUGGUCCAGCCUCCUAUGAACCCCAUGAUGCAGAUGCCACUUCAUCCUGGCCAGCCAAAUGUACCUCCAUGUAUGCCUAACCCACCACCUGGCUGGCACCCUGGUGCUCCCAUGCCAAUGGGCGGACCGGGAAUGCCACCCUUAAUGACCCCACAGAUACCUGUGGGAAAUCCAGGCCAACCUCAUCAGAUGCCAAUGGGUAACAUACCUCAACACUCACAAAUGCCCGUGGAUCCCCAGGCACCACCAGCUCCACCAGGUGGUGUAAAACCCAUGCAGGCAGGUGGUGUGAAGUUUGAUGACAACAACCCAUUUAGUGAAGGCUUCCAGGAGCGGGAGAGGAGGGAGAGGCUUAGGGAGCAGCAGGAGAGACAGCGGGUGCAGCUAAUGCAGGAAGUUGAACGACAGAGAGCCCUAAAACACCGUAUGGAAAUGGAGCAGCAAGGGAUGAUGGGGCCAGAUGGAAACAUGGCACCACUCGCUCAGAUGCCAUUUUUUAACUCGGAGCUGCCACAGGACUUCAUGCAGCCCCAGAGGCCUCCUUUACAGCAACAGCAACAACUUGGACCAGUGUUCCCCCAGCAGCAGGGCAUGCAGCCUGGUAUGGGCUCACCACCUGGGACAUUUAUGCAAGGUGAAAGGAGGGCAAUGAUGGGCAAUGGAAUGAUGCCCCGUGAUAUGGGGCCUGGUUUUGGGCCUGAUAAUCUUGCCCUUCAAGCACCUAACUUUGCCCAGGGUCAACCCAGACCUCGUCAGUUCAGUGGACCAGGAAUGAUGCUUCAGAUGCCAGGUGAGGGUCCACCAUUUGGAGGUGACUCAGCUACACCUCUACCAUCAAACUUUCCGGGCUCAGGUCAGUCUCUCAUCCAACUCUACUCCAACAUCAUCCCAGACGAGAAAGGCAAAAAGAAGAGGAACCGCAAAAAGAAGAAAGAUGAUGAUGCAGAUUCAGUCAAGACGCCUUCAACUCCACACUCAGACCUUACAGCCCCUCUCACUCCAUGUGUCUCAGACACCUCCUCAACUCCAACCAGAAACACCCAUCUCUUCGCUGACCAGGACUUGUCAAGGUCCCCCUUACUGGGAUCUUCCACCCCCAGUCACUCAGAGCUGGAGAGGCAGCUUUCUGGAGGCCAAUCUGGACAACCUGGUCUCUCAUCAGACAUAGCAAGAACCCAGGCUCAGGAACAUGACCGAAUCCUUAACAACAUAAAGCUGGAGCAGACUGAUACCAGCGAGUGUCACGGGCCACGAGAGGGGUCCGUCGGCUCAGAAAUUAGCUCUGUGAAGGAAGAGGGUAAUAAAGGGAGCGUGUCUCCCUUCCCUGCAGGGCAAAGUCCAAACAAGGGGGAGGCUGGCAAUGAACUACUGAAACACUUACUGAAGAACAAGAGUACACCUCCAUCUGGAUUGUCCCAACAGAGGUCAGAGGAGAACUUUCGCUCGGAGGAGGAGGAUCCCGCAGACUGCAAAUCCCUGCUGAGGCAAAGCUCCAUGGACAGCAAUGGGGCAUACUCAGAUGGCACCCCGGACUUUCCUGGACCUCUGCUUCCUGAACAGGAGAAGAAGAAAGGGAGGAACAAGAGGGCUCCGAAAGGAGGGGACAAACCUGUCUCUCGCUACAAGAAGAGGAAGAAGGAAGGGGAUGAGAGGCAGUUGUUGCACUCUGGCCCUGACAGUGUAAUGAAUCAAAUCAAACAGCAGCUCUCCCUGCUGCCCCUCAUGGAGCCACUGAUUGGGGUCAACUUUGCCCAUUUCGCUCCCUAUGGUAGCGGCCAGCUCAAUGGAGAGAACCUCCUGUCUGGGACAUUUGGCAGCGCCUCACUCGAUGGCGUCUCCGACUAUUACUCCCAACUGGCCUACAAGCAGAGUAACCUGAGCAAUCCACCCACACCACCGGCGUCUCUUCCUCCCACCCCACCACCUGUGAACCGACAGAAAAUGAUCAAUGGAUUUGCCACGACAGAAGAGCUGGCCAGCAAAGCUGCUGCUAUGGUGUCCAAAGGCCUGGUCCCAAAGCCACUGCAUGUCCCAUUUAGGACUGAGGAAGACCUGUUAGCCCGGGCCAUCGCACAGGGACCCAAAACUGUGGAUGUUCCGGCCUCCCUCCCCACCCCUCCUCACAACAACCAAGAGGAGAUCAGUAACAGAGGACAGGAGCCUUGCAAGGACCGGGACACACCUGAUAGUUUUGUUCCAUCCUCAUCUCCCGAGAGUGUGGUUGGCAUGGAGAUCAGUCGCUACCCAGACCUGUCUCUGGUAAAGGAAGAGCCACCGUCCCCCUGCCUGUCUCCUGUCCUCCCCAUGCUUCCUGUGCCUGAUGGGAAAGGUUCAGAAAUCAAACUACAGGAUAUCAAAACAGAGCCUUCUGCCAUGUUCUUCGGCUCCCCCUUUGGCCCCAUGUCUAAUGAUUCCAAACAAGGACUGGUGUCUGUAGCUAUCACACUGAGACCAGCUGCAGCAGAGAACAUCACAGGUGUAGUGGCAGCCAUUUCAGACCUACUGUGUGUAAAGAUCCCAAGUAGUUAUGAGGUCAGCAGUACCCCAGACAGGGUGCCCAUAUCUAUGCUCAGUGGUCCUAGAGUGGGCCCCCACGGCAUGGAGCCUCGACCCCCCAUGCUGUUCCAUGGACAAGGAGACAAUGGAGGGCUUCACGGACGGCCGGGACAGAUGAUAAGGCCCGGCGGGGCGCAGGGGAUGAUGCAACAGCAGCAGGCACAUCACUUCCGUUUCCAUCCCAACAGCCCAGGCGCAGCUCUAGCUCGAGGAUCUGACCAGAAGACCCCUGCCAGCCCUGGAUGUAAACCUCAGUGGUGCCGCCACUGUAAGGUGGUGGUUCUGGGAAAUGGAGUGCAGAAAUCCAUCAACGAUCUCCCUGCCCACAUGAAGGAAUCUGAAGGCCGUUUGAAAUCUGAAGAGGACCUUGUCUUCUGUAGUCAGAGCUGCUUCCUUCUCUACCAUUCCUCACCGCCCCUGCAUUCCAGAUCAACCACAGAAACUAAGGAAUCAGUGUCCCUUCUCCCUGCCUCCGAGCAAACGGAGAGCCUUUCUAAGAUUCAGCACCAGUACAGUAACAACAUGUCAUCGCUGGAUGUUCAUUGCCUGGCCCAGCUUCAGCCCAAGCAGUCUCCCCCCUCGACUCCUCCAAUCCCCUUCCCCACAGCAGGCGAGACAUCCAAGACGGAGACCAAGUCUGAUGCCAUCAAAGUGACAGUGAAGCUGAAGGCCCGGCCAAGGUCCCAUGAAGGCUGGCACCAGGGAAAGAGACCGAAAGGACUCCGCUGGAGGAAGUGGACUGUCCAGGUGGUGGUGCCAAGAGGGAAUUCCCAACUCCCAGAUGAGGACAAGAUUGAUGAGCUGCUGAAGAAACUCGGGGCAUCCUUGCGCCCUCCUGCUUCACUCCGCGACCACAGGCGGUGCUGUUUUUGCCACCAGUUCGGAGAUGGGAUCACUGAUGGCCCUGCUAGGCUUCUUAAUCUAGAUCUUGAUGUAUGGGUUCACCUAAACUGUGCCCUGUGGUCAACUGAGGUGUAUGAGACACAGGCUGGCGCCCUCAUCAACGUGGAGCUUGCCCUGCGUCGUGGCCAAACCGUACGCUGCGCCUACUGUCAACAGACUGGCGCCACCAGCGGCUGCCACCGCCUUCGCUGUACCAACGUCUACCAUUUCACCUGUGCUCUGCAAGCUCAGUGCACCUUCUUCAAGGACAAGACCAUGCUGUGCCAUGCCCACAGGCCUCGGGGAACAGGUGGACAAGCUCUGGAGCAUGAGCUGCGUUGUUUUGCCGUCUUCCGACGUGUCUAUGUCCAGAGAGACGAAGUGCGUCAGAUUGCCACAGCUGUGCGGCAGCCAGAGUUAGGCUAUACCUUUCGAGUCGGCAGCCUGGUGUUGCAUGCAAUGGGUCAACUAACUCCUCAACAAAUGGCAGCCUUCCAUUCCCCAACAGCCAUCUUUCCAGUUGGCUACGAGGCCUGCCGCAUUUACUGGAGCAUGCGCCAUGGCAACCGCCGUUGCCGCUACGUCUGUUCUGUUGAGGAGCGAGACGGACUGCCAGAGUUUUCCAUCAGAGUCAUCGAACAGGGCUACCAAGACCUGGUCCUGAGUGACACCUCAGCUAAAGGAGUGUGGGAUAAGGUUCUGGGUCCUGUUGCUGAGAAAAGAACUGAAUCAGGCACUCUAAAGCUCUUCCCUGUUUACCUGAAAGGGGAGGACUUGUUUGGACUCACAGUCCCUGCAGUCACCAAGAUCACUGAAUCGCUCCCCGGAGUGGAAGUUUGUGACAGGUACUCAUUCCGUUACGGACGCAACCCUCUUGUGGAGUUGCCUCUCAUGUUCAAUCCAGCUGGCAGUGCCCGCGCCCAACCAAGAACCAGCUCUCCCUACACUUCACUGGUGAUAAGGCCACAACCACAGGCUGUAUCCAGCAGCAGUGCCAGGUCUAACCAGAAUGUGGCCCAAGGAGAAGGUGGCGCCCCCCAUAGCAAGCCUCCAGUAGUGCACCCUAGGUCUUCUCAGUACCGCUGGAUGAAGAGUGAGUGGAGAGCCAAUGUCUAUCUGGCUCGCUCUCGAAUCCAGGGCCUGGGGCUGUUUGCUGCUAAAGACAUUGAAAAACAAACUAUGAUGAUUGAGUACAAUGGAACCAUCCUCCGAAAUGAGGUUGCCAUCAGGAAGGAGAAGAUCUAUAGAUCGCAGAACCGAGAAGUGUUCAUGUUCCGCAUCGACAGCGAACACGUUGUUGAUGCCACUCGAACUGGAGGGCUAGCAAGAUAUAUCAACCACUCUUGUGCCCCAAACUGUGUUGCUGAGGUGGUCACAUUUGAAAGGGGUUACAAAAUCAUCAUCAGCUGCAUUCGCAGAAUUGACAAAGGAGAGGAGCUGUGUUUCGACUACCAGUUUGACACUGUGGAGGGUCACCACAAGAUCGCUUGCCACUGUGGAGCUCCUGAAUGCAGGAAGUGGAUUAACUGAGGAAAACAAAAAUACGACAAACCUAAAUGCAUUCCUUUGGUGUUAUGGUGUGUGGAUGCUGUGAUCUCUGCGCAGAGAGGAGAAAAAAAAAGUCUUCACACUAAAGUCAUUUUAUGAAUGAGCAGAAGGCCCUAAACCCUUGGAGAGAGUGAAUACAUUUACGUUUUGGUUAAUCAAGAUGAUUGAAGAAAAUGGGUGGAGGAAGGGAAAUGUAACACAGGAGCAGGAUGUGACUUGUGCCAUAUGUGGGAGGGGCUCUGUUGUAUGAGAUGCCUCUGUCUGUCUGUAUGUAUCUGUGCAUUUGUUUGGUGUACAUGGGGUGCGGAAUCCACCAGCGAAUGAGAAAGCACUGUGCAGGGUGCGGCCUUAUUGCUUACUAAGGGCAGGCCCUUUUGUUUCAUACUGUUAAUGUAUACCAUGAGACUAAAUGUAGACAUCACUGAAUGAGGAAUGUACAGCAAUGAAUAGCGCGAAGGGAAUAUUAACUUGCACUAAAAAAAGAAAAUAAACAAAAAAAAAACACACACACGAAAACUUUUAAAAUACUUGAUUCCAUGAGUCAGUUUUAUCAUAGGUCUCUGUCAUGUGAUUUGUGUGGAUUUCGAGAGGUUUUGUAUUUAUUACUGAGUGAAUGAAUUUUAUUCUCAAAAUGAUGAGACUGCGUUAAAGAAGGUUAGAUUGCUAUUGUUUUUGAAGAUUGAGGAAGACAUGCUGUUACUUUUGUAUAAAUGUACAUAAAGAAAACUAUAGGAAUAACCGACCAAAUACUACCUUAACCUUCUUGAUGUUUGGGUGUUUUUAAAUUGUUUUUGUUCUGUUUGUCAUUGAAAUUUAUUUAAGAUGGACGUUAUUUCAGUUUGAGAGUAUAUAUUAUGAUUAUUCUGUACAGAAUUUGUAAUAUAACCACAAUAAUUCACAAAGUAUUUUUGUUGUAUUAAAAGUAAGGUAUUGUAGCGUAGUGUUUUGUGACUUACACAUACUUUGACCACUCAAAAAAGAAAUAUUUUUGUUGACUAACGUUACGAGUUCAUCAGUUACAGAAUCAAGAAAAAAAAACAGACUCUUCAAAUAGUAAGAGAUCAGUGUGAUCUGUUUGCUGUUAAUCAGGUUUGAUUUUAAAGAACUGUGAAUUAGGUUUUGAAACCCAAAAACAACUUUUUAACUUUUUAACACAAAUAGGAACACCAACAUGUAUUUACCUGUUCUGUUGUUUUUACAUUGCUUUUAAAAUGAGGUGCAAACGUCUAAUGAUGUUGUGAGUUAGACGAACCAGUGUGUGACAGAAACGUAUGGGGAACCGUAGGUUGUUCAACCUUUUUAGACAGAAAUGGCAUUCUCCUUAAUCAGAAAUAUUUCUUAUACUGACACUUCACAAGUCACAUGCUUAGAAACGGAAGAGUUUUUGCGUGCACAAUUUCAAGUCGACUGUAAAAUUUUGAAAACAGUCUUAGAACUUGUAAUGUAUAUGGCAUGUAUUUUUUUAACUUUCCGAAGACGCAAUUGUAUAUAUUUUCUCAAUGAAUGGUUGUAACAAAAUUGUUUCUUGGAUAUUUUUCUUCUCUUGUAUGAUAUUACAUCAUCCUGCCAGUGUGUUUGUGCUACAUUUUCUUGGUCGUGUAGUCAGAUUUUGUUUCUUUCUUUUUUGUUUUCUUUGUUUGUUUGUUUUUUGUUUGUUUUUUUGAAAAUGCCUUUUGAGGUGUACAGAGUAUGAGGUUUGGAGUUGUGGAAUUGAAUUUAGAAACAUUUACAAAAUAAACUAUUUUACAUGUUA